UGCCCCGAUCGCUUGGCACAAACCAAAUUCUUUUCAACGUCAUCGGUACUUGUGCAAAACAAUAACAAUACCACAAUAACUCGACAAUAAAUAGAUGAGAUAGUUUGAGUGUGAUAUCAUCACAAGAACUAUGAAGUUGACCCGCGGAAAUGACGCAUUUUUGAACGUGUGCCGCGUAAACCGCGUGACGGGUGUUUGAAGGUUGCAAAUCGGAGUUUUCUGUUGGACGCCGGUACGAAACGGAGCGAGAUUACUCCUGGUCCUCUCUGCACCAGUCCAAUCCUACUGGAAUGGCCAGUGCAGGACUGGAGGUGCAAGAAGCAGGCCGUGCCCUGAGGGUUCAAACCGAAGCUCCACAUCUUGUUUCUAUGGGCAGUGGCAGACUGUCCACUGCUGUCACCCUUCAUCCACUGCCAGAAGGUCGUGUUAUAUUGGGAUCGGAUAGGAAUGCCGAUAUACCAGUGUCAGGAACGGGUGUCGAGGGAGUGCAUUGUGCUAUCGAGAAUAAUAACGGAGUGGUCACUCUUCAUCCCAUAAACGGAAGUACAUCCAUCGACGGCAACGUCACAAACUCAUCUGUGAGACUAGCACAAGGCUGCAUGAUAUCAAUCGGCCGCUCCAACUACAUGCGUUUCAACCACCCAGCGGAAGCAAAACACCUGAAAGCAGUUCUCCCAAACUCCAGAAUAUCAAUGGCGCCGAUAAGUUUCUCCCUGCUCCCGGAAAACACGGAUCUCGAGCGAAAGCCUCCCGUGGCUCCCCGGAAAUCCCCCCGGAACUCCUGUUCAGACGAGGAGGUGGGCUUCCUGGGUAAACUAACAAAAUUCGAGAUGCUGGCACGUCAGAGUCGUAACUGCGUAUCUCCAAAAGUCUUUCCCGCGGGUUCACUAACGACCAACGUCCCCGCCGACCAAAUUCUCGGUCACUCAAGGUCUUCCAGCCUGAUAUCACUGAGCAAAAGUCACAAUUCUCCAUUGCAGAAUCUCACGAAUUUCGAUAGGAGCAGAUCAAACACACCGAAUUACAUUGGUAGUCCAAGUGGCCAUUUGGGUCACGGGGAUGAGCACAAAAAUAGGAUUGACAGCAGAACACCUAGUCGAUCCAAUACACCUAACUGCAGUUAUCACACAUCAACCCCAAAUCACAAUCAGAUUCAAUUGUACAGCUCGACAGAGGCAUAUCUCAAGACUUGCAGACCCAAUUACAUCGAGAACAAUGAGAAUCACGGAUCACUGAGUAAAUUUAACGGUAACAGCGUCGAUCUCAUGUCGAGAAGUUUAACUUGCCAGAGGUCCAGUGAUUACGAUAAGUUUGGACGUGAAUUUGAUAUGAGCCAGAGUCUGAUUGUGGCGAAAACUACGACAACUGAGUAUCUUCAAGUUGAACAGUAUGGAUCCAAUCCAAACUUGUGCAGCAGGCCCAGUGUACACGGUUCAAAUGGAUCAUUCAAUAUGGUCAGUUGUGGACAGAGUUGUGGGGCAAAUUUCAAUGGGAAGAGGAUUCAACCACCGAGCCCAGCGUUUAAUCGUAAUCCGAGGUACAACGAACAGAAGAGAAUCCAGGGAAGGGUUAAGAGUCCUACGCCCAGUGUGGGCAGUGGGUGUUCGCUUGAGGAGCUCAGAGAGAGGCAGAUUGAUGCGGAGAAUAAAAGAAAGGAGGCCGAGUGCAGGAGGAAAUUGGCACAGGAGGAGAGAGUCAGGGAGCAGGAAAUUGAGAAACAGGAAAAAAUGAGAUUAGAGGAGAUUUUAGCGAUGUGCGCUGAGUAUGAGAGACAGAGCGCUGGGGAGAAACCGAGACAACCAAAUAGAAUUAAAACGAACGGAUCACUGCCACGUGACAAGAGACCGGGCUACACUUCCCCAUACAGUCCAAAGAGUCCCUCGAAUCACCAGCCCCAUUUUUCCUUCGACUCCCCAAAACAAUCCCCCCCAAACCCCCGUCGGCCCCAUCAAAACGGAAAUAUUCCAAACAACAUACGUGCCUUACCCGACCCACCGGCAUCGCCAAACAACAAUCGAUCACGAACCUGGUCAAGCAGUCCCACAAACAGUAAUCACGGCUUCUCCACCUCGAUAUCCCAAGCUCGAGGCUCUAAUCACGAGAACGCCAAGAUGCUAAACGGAGAGACUGAUAAACGAAUCGAAUUGCCGAAUCAAUCGACCUUCAGUACUAUACAACUGAAUGGUACAAGAAUAGCGAGUAAUACAGUGCCUAAUUACGAGAAUUUAUCAGUUAACGGUAGCAAUAGCAUUUACGAAAACGUUGUAUCACCCCAAAACAACAAUCAAAACAAUACACUGAAGAGAAAUGGGCAUUUAACGAAUUCCUGUGAAGUUAUUGAGAAUAAACUAGCAAUAUCGAAUGAUGAUUUGCUCGAGGCCAUUGAGCAACUAUCAAUGCUAUCAAAAUCCAAAGACAACUGUGUCACACCAAAAAAAAAUAAUACCGAGAGAGAUAACGCUAAAUCAAAUGAGGCAAAGGCUGAUAAAGAGCGCAAAGAACUUGAGGAGGAAGACAAGAAGAAAUACAUUGAAUUUUUGCAAAAUGAGAAAGUUCACAUUCUUGGUAACAUGGAAAUGCUGAAACGCAGUAUCGCAGACAUUGAAAUUCAGGAGGAGGAAAUAAGCAGAGAGGGGAAAAUGUUUUUGUUGGCUGACACUCUGUACAAGAAAUUAACUUGCGAGCUUGAAUUGGAGAAGGCACUGCUGUCAGCUGAGUACGAAUCCGAAUCCCUGAAAUUAACGACUGACGAGGCGGAGAAAAUAAGUUUGCAGAUGAGAAUUAACGACCUUGAACGUGAAAUGGCGGAUGAUACAGCGAGCCAGGCUAAUCUGCAGACAGAGGCUAAAAGACGAGUCGACAGAGCCCAGGAAUUGUGCGACAGACUAGAAGAGGAACUCAAAUAUUGUGGUGGUGACAGUAAACAGCACGAGAUUGCGGAAAAAUUGAAUGCACAGCAGGAAACCCUUGAGACUGAACGAAAAACCUUUGAGGAUCUCGAGUUUCAUCAUUUGGAGGAGGAAGCCAGUAAAUUGGCAACGAGGGAGGAAUUGCAGAGAUAUUUGAGUGAACUUUCGAAUAAGAUAGAAGCGAGGAGGGCCCAGCUUAAUCAUCUGGAGUCUCAGAGAGGUGUUGCGAAAUCCACAGCCACUAAAGAGUCGAGAACCCUAGAGAGGCAGAAACUCGGACAUAUGCGCAGAUUAGAAGAAGGUCGUAACAGAAUACGUGCCAUAGAUGACGAGUUGGAGAAAUUGACGAGAAACACAGCGGAUAAUUCCGAGGACAAGAGGUCUCCAAGUAGAGAAGAUUUUGAUAGAAUUUCAAGAGUAACAACGGACUCACCAAUUGUGAAUAAUCAAGGCAGCUUGGGGAGGAAGACUAUUGAAUCAUUGAAGGAGAUCGAGAGGAAUCGCCAGCUGCAUUUGGCUAAGCAGGGGAGUCAAGUGAUAUCGGAGGAGAGACGCAGAGUCGAGGAGUUGAAGAGGAGAGUGCAGGAUGAAGUUAGAUCACAGUGGGAGGAGAGAAAACUCAACUGUGCGUCUUUCAACAGUGUUGAGUCUGGUGAGGAGUCUUCGAGUUACUCUACUGGGCCAACUGAAAGUGGUAGCGGUAGCAGCGAUGGGGCUGACACCGCUGCAAGUGAAAAAAUGUCCCCCAGCAAAUUGUCCGAGUUCACAUCACCAAGUCCUGGUCCGUCUACCAACUCCUAUUCACUUCUGCAGAGUGAAAACAUGCGAGAUGGUAGGAGAACCUCAAUGGAGGGUGAAAGACUCAGUGGCACUAGUGUUGGGCUCGUCGAUGGUAACGGAAGUCGCCCGCUUUCACAAACUUCCAGUGAAAUGGACAGUGUGGGGUCCCUGCAGACUGUUAAACAUCGAGAUAAGCCAAAGCUCCAGCGUCCACUGACGAGAUAUCUCCCGAUAAAAUCCGAAUCUCUUGACCUGAGACAUCAUAUUGAAACCGCUGGACAUCAACUUCCUCUUAUCCACGACGUCACUGUUGAUACCACCACGUGCAGUGGAUGCUUGUCGAAAAUGAGCAAGAAGUUCCAUCAUUGGAACAAACGCUGGUUUGUUUUUGACAGGAAACGCAAGACUCUUUCGUACUUCAGUGACAGCCACUCUAAGAAGGCUAGAGGGCUUAUUUACUUCCAGUCAAUUGAGGAAGUUUACGUCGAUCACAUGAACACAGUGCGCUCUCCCCAGCCAUCUCUGACGUUCAUUAUAAAAACGUCAACCCGAUUGUAUCAUCUGAUGGCACCAAGUCCAGAGGCAAUGAGAGUUUGGGUCGACGUUGUCUUCACUGGUGCCGAGGGAUACCAUGAAUUCGAUCAUGGAGUUUGACAGGGACCAACAACUGCUUUAUUCACAGCAGGAUCUCCUUACAGGACCACUGAGGAUCCACCUUUGUGCCUGAAGAAUUUGAUCUUUAAAUUCUUCGAUUGAAUUUAUCUGGAAAAUGGAAAUUCCUCCAAAGAACAAUUUAUUUGAGUUUUUUUCCCCACAAUUUUAGAGAUGUGGACUGUCUUUGGUCUUUCACGUUGUUGACUACAAUAUUUUACCCACCAUUGACGACGGAAUUUGUGGACGUAUACUUUACAAUCAAAUGGUGCCAAUUUAUUUGAUAAGAAAGUAGGAGGAAGCGUAGAAAUGUUUGGGAUCACAAUCAUACGCUGAUUAUUAUUGACACUGGUAUUUUCUGAUGGAUAGUUAAGCCUAGUGUACAUUAAAUCGUAGAGAAUUUUAAUCUAGUCUUCCAACAUAAGUAAUUUUGAUACAGUUGGUAUCGACGAGAAGACAACAUUGUUCGUUUUUUCGGAAUUUUGCUUGGAGAUACUGAACUUGUCUGGAAAACUGGAAUGAACCAGGGGAGAAUUUCACAGCGGAAGCUAUGACACUGUGGCGUUGCGAUUUUUCUUUUGAAAUGAAUGAAGUUCAAAUGAUUUUGUGAAAAUGAUGAAUUUUAUACAUAUGAUUCAAUAUGUAAAGUGCAUUCUGUAUUGUUCGAUCGAAUUUUAAUGAGAUUGAUUGAUUGAUUACUUCGUAUGACGUUUGAGGACUUUAAGACCAAUAAACGUUAUUAUCAUUUCUACAGAAAA